UUCCGAAGAAUGCUGAAGAGUGCUGCGGCGCACGCGCAGAGCGAGCGGGGUUUGGUUUGUGUUUACAGCAGCACUGUUGCUGGCUAAUGUUCAUCGCUGUUAUGUCAAGCCUCUCUGGAAUAAAAAGCUUUUGUGGAAACAGGUAAUUUUGCUCAUUAAACUGCCAUUCAUGAGCGCGUCUGGCUUGAUUUAGCAGUCAUGGAUGACAAGGCCUCGGUGGGGAAAAUUAGCGUGUCCUCCGACUCUGUCUCCACCCUCAACAGUGAGGACUUUGUCCUGGUGUCCGGCCUGGGGGACGAGACCCCCUCCACUAAUAAUGGUAGCGAUGAUGAAAAGACAGGACUGAAGGUGAUUUCUGAGGAAGGGGUCAGCUUUAAGAUCGUGGGCAACGGCAGUGAGCAGCAGUUACAGCAGGAGCUGGAAGAUGUGCUGAUGGAUCCUUCAGUAACUGAAAUGGUGGGAGGACCGGACCAUCUGGGAGGGGCCGACCAUGGCUAUCCCACUACAGCUGUGCCAUCGCGGUCCGGCCCAGUACCCCCUAAACUUGAGAUAGUGCUGCCUGUUCAGGGAGCUCAGGAGAGUGAACUCAACGAGAGAUCUUACAGGGAUGAGCCCUCUGACUUGAGUCCCGGGACCCCUGUCCCAGAUGAAGACAGCGUGGUGUUCAGUAAGCUGACGUAUUUAGGCUGUGCAUCAGUGAACGCCCCACGCAGUGAGGUGGAGGCUCUGCGUAUGGUCAGCAUCCUCCGCAGCCAGUGCCAGAUGCCCCUGGACGUCACCCUCUCUGUGCCCGGAGUCUCAGAGGGCACCGUCAGGCUGUUGGACCCUCAGACCAGCACUGAGAUUGCCAACUACCCCAUUUACAAGAUCCUCUUCUGUGUUCGCGGCCACGACGGCACACCAGAGAGCGACUGCUUCGCCUUUACCGAGAGCCACUACAACGCUGAGAUCUUCCGCAUCCACGUCUUCCGCUGUGAGAUCCAGGAGGCGGUCAGCAGAAUACUCUACAGCUUUGCCACAGCUUUCCGCCGAUCAGCCAAUAAAGCGCAACUCGCAUCCAAGGCUCCGCCCCUUACGCCAGACAGCGACGUCUUCACCUUCACUGUCAGUCUGGAGAUCAAAGAGGAUGAUGGGAAGGGCACAUUUAGAAGUGUCGACACAUGCUUCCUGUCAUUUAUCAUCCCUUACAUCUUCGCCUCAUUCCUCUGCCCUACACAGGGUUCUGUUAACACAGACCUGCACUGGAAAGAUCUCACUUCAAAGAAGCAUAUCCUUUGUUGACUUGUUGACUGUAACUAAAAAAAAAGCAUUGUUCAGUGUAACAAGCAUUGGCAUACAGAACAACACCACAGCUCCAUAUUAAAAUGUUAUAAUUAUUAUUAAUAUUAAUUAAGCAUAUAUAAAUUAAAUGUAUAUUGUAUUUAUAAUAUUAGAGUUAAGUAAAAUUAAGUAAGUGCCGUGUAUGCAGUGUUUUUAUACCAGCUUUUUACUGCUGCACAGAAAAGGCUAAAGAGAGAAAAGUAUUUAAGGAAAGGGCUAAAGUGCCCAAAAUAACUGCACUGUCUCCAUCAGCGUGAGCUUGAUGCUCCAGAGAGACUGUGCCUGUUAUAAAUGGACUGUAAGUCACAUUGGAUAAAAACAACAGGAAAAAAUGACAAAAUUACCUUGAAAGGCUCUAUCGCUCCAUUUGGAUGCAAGAAAUGCGUGUUCAUUUUGACAGAAGAUUUUGUUUUAGUCUUUUUUGGGCUUAUUUUUUUAAAAUCCUUUUAAGUUUAGUCAUUAUUAUCAGUCUUAAGUACUGUAUAUAUUUAAAAUCAUAGUAAACAUAAUCAUAAAAUAUUUAGAAAAAAAACCUUUUUUAUUGUUUAUAAUGUUUCUUGGGCAGCAAAUCAUCAUAUUAGAAUGAUUUCUUAAUGAUCAUGUAACACUGAAGAUUGGAGUAAUGAUGUUGAAAAUUUAGCUUUGCAUCGCAGGAAUAAAUGGCAUUUUAGAAUAUAUUUGCAUAGAAAACAGUUAUUUUAAAUUGUAAUAAUAUUUCACAAUAUUACAGUAUUUUUGGUCAAAAACUGCAGCCUUGGUGAGCAGAAGAGACUUUUUAGGAACAUUUAAAAAUCUUACCAACCUCAAUCGUUUGAUUAGUAGUUAUGUGUAUUAUUUGAAUAAAGAGACAUAUAAUAUUAUUUAUAAUGCUAAUAAAAACACAAAUCAUUUUUUGACCAAAAUGUCAAUUUUAAACGGCAACAAAAAUAUGUAGUUAACAGUAAACAGUUUGUCUUUGAAUUGUUGAUUUAUGCCAAGCUUUUACCUUUAAUUUAUGAUUAUUCAAUACAAAAAAUUUUGGUAACACUUUAGUAUCGGGACCAAUUCUCACAAUUCUUGGCGAAUCCAUGCGUUUUUGUAAGAAAAAAUAUCCAUAUUUAAAAUGUAAUAAACACUUUUCUCUCACUUCAUCUAACUGUGGUACGGAGAAGUCGACGAAUGCGGAGAGAGAACAAAACAAAACAAAACGCCGCUCACGAAUUAGAAGCACAAAAUGAGGAUCUGUAAAGAAAAAUGCCAGAGGAUUUUGAUAUAAGCCAAGAGGAGACUGGUUUUCCUUUGCUAAAGUAAGGAAACUUUGCUUCCUUUGCUCCUGUAAACGAACUCGCAAGACUAGCAUAUCUCAGAGGCGCACGCACAACGCAUACGUCCUACGUCAGCUGCCGGAACGGCUUCCAAGUACAACAGAUAGCGGAAGUGAGAGAAAAGUGUUUAUUACGUUUGAAAUAUGGAUAUUAUGGAUAAGAACUAACCCUUUAAUGGUUUUUAAUAGCGAGAAUUGGACCUUAAAAUAAAGUGUGACCAUGUUUUACUAAAGUUAUGAGCAUCUAAUAAGAAUCACCAUUGAGAAUAAUGUGAAUUCUCAGCUUUAAAAUUUUGAGACACGUAGGAAAAAUAGGCUUAAUUGUCAUCAAAAUAACUAAAUCUUUUGAUUUUGAGGUGAAAUCUGGACAUGUGAGAUUCACCCAAAACUCUCUUUGUGACCAACAGUGCCGUAUCAAAGGACAAGGACAGACAGAGCUUCAAACUGCGGCCAGGCAUGGACAAAAAGAUUGUGAUCUACGUCCAGCAGACGUCCAACAAAGAGCUGGCCAUCGAGAGGUACGUGCUUUCCUCAGCGA